GGAGGGCGGGUCUAGCUGAGUCAUGUUUAUUUACAACUGUACAUUUGACAUGUCAAUAUUGAAACAGAAAGGGCUUUCGUUCCCACAGAAUCGGCAUUUGUUUUUCAGAGAAACUGUGAUGAAUCUCUUCAUUUUCCUCCUAGUGUGGGUUUUCCAGCUUGGUAUGUCCGGUGUUGACAAAGACAGAGUGUCAGUGUCAGUGAUGGAAGGAGAUUCAGUCACUCUGAACACAAAUGUUAAAACAAACCAACAAGAAAAGAUUAAAUGGUUUUUCAAUCACACUUGUAUAGCUCAAAUCAGUGAUUAUCUUAGUAAGACCUGUACAGAUGUUCAGUGUAAUGAAGGCACUGAGAGAUUCAGAGACAGACUGAAGCUGGAUCAUCAGACUGGAUCUCUGACCAUCACAAUAAUCAUAUCCACAGACUCCGGACUGUAUAAACUACAGAUCAUCAGCAGCAACAGCAUCAGUGAAAAGAUCUUUAUUAUCACUGUCUAUGAUGUUCCUGCUGCUGAGCGUGAUGCAAUGAAGAGAAAGUCAGUGAAGGAAGGUGAAUCUGUCACUUUUGAUCCUGGUGUAAUAUACAAAGCGAGGGGUUUGAUGAGAUGGUAUUUUAAUGACACUCUCAUCGCUGAAAUCACUGGAGAUCAGAGUAAGAUCUGUACAGAUGUUCAGUGUGAUGAGAGAUUCAGAGACAGACUGAAGCUGGACAAUCAGACUGGAUCUCUGACCAUCACAAACACCAGAAACACAGACUCUGGAGAAUAUAAUCUUGAGAUCAUCACCAACAGCAACAGCAUCCGCCGUCAGCACAGCAUCAGCAUUAUCAGUGAAAAGAGCCAAGAUUGGAUUGUGUAUUUAUGUAUAGGAGGAUUAUGUGUUGGUGUUCUGCUGGUGAUUGCAGGUGUAACUGGAGAGUAUCGUAGAAAAUUGCCUUGCAUAGGGCGUCCGGUGUCCCUCGCUAAAUGAUCAAUCAACUGGCUUUUAAUUGCUCAGAGGAACAUACAGUGUCAUUUACAGUACUAUAAUUUUGAUUGUGAAAGACGGUAAAAACCUGUUAAUUGGCUAACAGUAAGUUCCCUUACUAUAUGUGCAAAAUGUAAUACAGCUAACCUUAUAUUUAAUUUAACUGUCCAGUUUUUUUUUUUUCCCUUUUUGCAAGUAAAAUGAACAAAUAAUCUUAUACACUGCGUUCCAAAUUAUUAUGCAAUUGACAAAUCAGUAAGA